AUGGCAAGAGCUUGAUGUCUGCAGGGCAACUAAAGUAGCGCAUAUCAAAAUCUACUGAACAGAUAGCGUAAGGGAAGACAAAAAGAUCUGAACUGCAAAGUAGCUAGCAGUCCCUAAAUUACUCCACUCUGCUGAUUGGAUCACAACUUCAUUCUCACAGUGCUGAUCACCCAAGAAGACUUAUUUGCAUUCAGCCAUCCUGGAAACAACAUAUCUUAGAGGACUCUUAUGGUUUCCAGGAUCUGCAGCUUUACUGAUUAAGAGAUUCAUUCCAGUUUGCUGUCUGAUUGGAUUAGGUCCUUCAGCUGCACCAUGUUGUGGGGUAAUUAAUGCUUCAAUGAUGUCAUCACUCUUACAAGCUGUGUUUUUUUGCAGUAUGGAGUCAAUUGUUAAAUAUCGUACGAGCUUUGGCUUGAAAUGGAAAAUAUAUGAUCCACUUUAUUACAAAGGAAGCUUCAUAACUUGCUCUGAAAUAAAUUCACAGCUGUGGUGAAAUGAACAUGAGCUUUCUUUACUCGGAUUUUUGUUUUGGAUCCUUCGCCUACAACGGUGUUUUGAUGGAAUGCAGUCUCUUCUAUUGGCACAAGUUCGUUUAAGCAGCGAGCGUCAUACCUCAGCAUAUUUCACUGAAAUUGCUGCAACAGCCAGUGACACUUCCAUUGAUUUGCAGAACAACACAUUUCAGGUUUUCCAUGAAUUAACCUCAGCAUUACAAGAAGCUGAGUUGUCAGUUACAUGCUGUGUGUGACUGCCGCACUUCAGGAGGCUCAGUGGUCCACUAAACAUGGUGAUAUAGAGGAAAAUGGCAAUGAACUGAACCAAUGACAUUCAGCCUGCCACCUGUCACUUUACUGACCAAGGAAUCCUGGUGCUGACUGUCACUUGCCUGUGGUCUAUGCAGCUAUGAAGUACAGUUUGGGGCUGCCAUGCUUUAUGCUAGUUACUGUCACAUCAGCUUUACGACUGCAUAAUGUUAUUUCUACUUUUGUUGAAGAUCUGGUAUGUUUGCAGCAGUGGCGUCACAUUGUGCUAGUAUACUGUUCAGAUGACCAGGAGUUUCUGUACCAGGGCACCAAGAGACUGCCGUUCGUUUAUGUACAGUUUCUCUCUGGAGAUGACAUCCUCUUCAAGCCACCUCAAGAGGCAUUCUCCAUGCCUAUUGUUGUUCUCCCAUCUUGUUUUCUCAAAACAGAUUUUAUAGUUCAGGCCAAUCAGAGUGGACUCUUCACUAAAAUGUUCUCGUGGUGGCUACUGGUAAUGGAAAGUGGAUAUGAACCUCACAAAACUGGCUACACAACACACACAAGAUUCCAACAUCUACAGGCUGGUGUGGGAAGUCAUGUGAACAUUGUCAGUUUUUGGUCCACUCUCAAUGAAGUGACAGGUGUCGUGUGGGAUGCUUAUAAGUUGGGUGCAGAUGCCCCUUUAUGCACCAAUUUCAAUGCCCAGUGGCACUAUGCCCCAAAGAGAAGUGGAUGGGGGAUAUUUACACAACUGCCUUCCUACAUGGAUAAGCUGCUCGCCCGGUCACACGACAUGACCAGUGUCAUCCUGAGGGUUGGCGUAAUUGUGGGAAAACCAGACCAUGGGUUUGACUGCAGAGCAGAGCUGAACAAGCUGGGACACAUAGUUGCAGUGCGUGGCUACAGUGCACACAUCUUGAGCACACUGAUAGACCUGCUGCACUUCAAGUAUGCACAACUGUUCCUCUUUUGUAACAGGUCACUAUGUUAAAGAGACCUGGAGUGGGCCUGUCCGUGUCUGUCUGUCACGUUCUUUUUUGCAAUCAACAAUCAGAAUCAGAGUACACAUGUCGAAUUUUGUCUUCCUUUCCUUUUGUUCACUGGUUUACACAUUAUAUUCACAGAAUGAGAAAGUUCCCAUUAAAACAGGACUUUCAUCUAAUACAAGUUCUACUGCUGACAACUUCUAUAACCUAAGCAUAACAUGUCUUAAGGAGGUGAUGUCACUUGUAAGUCUGGAAGACUGAGUCAUGGCAGUAUAACCACUACAUCAGUCACAGACCAACAAUCCACUUAAAAUGUUUUGUACCAGAUGGUUUAACAAAAUUAAAUUACUUAAUAUUACAGUAACCUGAGAUGGUGUAAACCACUUAAUUCUUUAUAGGGAAGUGAUAACUAUGUAUACCACCAGCAUUUACAUUAAUAACUCAGCAUGUAAUUCAAAGGGAAUGUUC